UUGUAGCAAAGUUGGAGAGUGGAGUGUGAGUUGUUCGGAGCAGCCGCUGAGAGUAACUGAGGGGGAUUUAAAGCUCAGCGUGCUGGACCAUGACAGAAAACAGCGAGACUGAAAGCGAGCCUCAGAAAACAGAACUGCAGAGGUCACCCGGCUCCGUCUGCAGCCACCAAGAAACCAAGCUUCAACGCUUGAAGAGGUCACUGUCCUUCAAGACAAUCCUCAGAAGUAAAAGCGUUGAGAACUUUUUCCAGCGGUCCAACAGUGAAGUGAAAUUUCCAGCCGAGAUACUGCCUCCUCCACCCACUCCACCCCCAACACCGCCCACUGCUCUCCUGCCAGAUGUAUCACCCAUCAAUGAGCCACCAGCAAGGAAGUCCCACCAAGCCUCGUUACCUCUCAAACCAGUAAGGUCGCACAACUUUCAAGAAUUUGUCUUCAAAAAGCCUACAUUUUGUGACAUCUGCCAUCACAUGAUUGUAGGGUAUUCUAAACGAGGAUGGCGUUGCAAACUCUGUAAAAUUAAUGCUCACCCACAAUGCGGAGAAGGUGCAUCUCGGCAACAGUGCAUCGGAAAGCUGCCGAUGGGAUUCCGUCGAAAUUUCAGCUCUCCACUUCUCAUCCAUGAACAAUAUGGAUUUGUUAAGGAAGCCAUGCCAAUUGCCACAAGCAGCAAAGUGGACCCAGUGUAUGAAGCACUCCGAUUUGGGACUUCUCUUGCCCAGAUGAGCCGGUCAAGUUUUGGCAGUUUCUCUGAAUCCCCGACAAGGCAUUUGGGUGAAAAUGGAGACAUUGCUGAGGAGCCCGAUGUCAGCACAAACUGUUCCAAUGAGACUGAGAUCCAGAAAGACACCACGCCUUUGGAGAAUGGAAUUGUUGAAACAGAGGAAAAGAAAGACAACACAGUCCCCACUCAGGUUAGGAAGCUCUCCAUGCGUAAGGAUAUGCUACAGAUGCACACGUAUGUGGCUCUCUACAAGUUCAUCCCUCAGGAGCACAAUGACCUGGAGCUACAGCAAGGAGACAGAAUCGUGGUCACAGAUGAUUCCAAUGAGGAUUGGUGGAAGGGUAAAAUUGGUGACAGAGUCGGGUUCUUCCCUGCCAAUUUUGUUCAACGCAUCCGACCUGGAGAGAGAGUUUGGCAGUGCAACAGAACGUUCCAGGGCAGCAAAGAGCAAGGGCAGUUGCCACUGAAAGAAUUACAGGUCUGUAUCGGGCGGGGAGAGGAAACGAAUGGCUUUGUCAAGGUUUGCAGUGGGAAAAAGCGAGGAAUUGUACCAGUGGAUGUUCUCCAGGAAAUCUGACUUUUUUUAAAGUUUCAAGCCUAAGGACGGCCAUGAUCACCUCUUUUAAACAGAAAAUACACAGACGGUUAUGUACUGAACAUUUAUCAACUGUAGGUCCAUGUGUCUUUGCUACCACACCACAUUAGAAUGACUGAGGUUGAUAGGGCCCAGAAAUAAUGAGGCUCUGUACAUUCAUCUCUCACGCCACCUCUUGUCGUCACAUUGACAAACUUGUAGAGCAGAGCUGAAUACGUUCCUUGGCGUAUGUUAAAGCAGCGAUCUGAAGACAUUUUGCACCAGCUUUCACUGGGUUGUCCAUUCUGCCCUUCUUGUAUUUUUAAAAAGCACAAAUAUACUCCCCAAUUCCACUCGCCAUGUGCCACCAUUUAUUGUUAAUACACUUAAGAGCUAAAGAAAUUGGAAACAUUUCUUCUUACUCAAGGUAAUACUCAUCUAUUUGAUUUUAAUGAGGCAAUAUUUUUGGAACAUUGUUAUACAAACGAGAAGUUAUUUUGACCUUGCCUAAUGAUGGGCAACUAGUCCAAAAAAAAACGAAAGAACUGCAGAUGCUGUAAAUCACAAACAAAAUCAGAAAUUGCUGGAAAAGCUCAGC